UUUUAUCAAACCGGAAGUGACGUAUGCGAAUCACAACAAUGGCCGCCUGGCGCGUUAGCUUCUCGCUUUUUAUGGUCCUUUAAGGAUUUAGCGCGUAUUGUGGUUUCACGAUAUAUCACAGCGUGUCAGGCGUGUAUAGAUGAUUCAGUGAAUGUGUUGUAUAGAAAUAAAAACAGCCGCGGUGCCCGCUUUUUGUAGCCAAAAUGAGCGACGUUGUGGAGAAAACGCUGACAGCUCUGCCGAGCCUCCUCUCUUUAGACUCCCAGCCUGGAGCCGCAAAGUUGUCUUCAACCUCCAAACUUGGAAGCCUCAUCAGAGGAAUCACCGAGCUGACGUCCAAGCAUGAAGAAGAGAAACUGAUUCAACAGGAGCUGGCUGCUAUUAAAGAUCAAGCAUCAUCCCCAAACACAUCCAUGCGACAGAUGAAGGAGCUCAUGGUAAGAGCCAUCUACUGUGAAAUGUUGGGUUAUGAGGCCUCCUUCUGCUACAUUCAUGCCAUCAAGCUGGCUCAACAAGGCACUGCAUUGGAAAAGAGAGUUGGUUACCUCUCUGUGGCCUUAUUUUUGAACGAAAGUCAUGAGCUGCUCCUUCUUCUUGUAAAUACAGUCCUAAAGGACCUUCAGAGCACAAACCUCAUUGAAGUGUGCAUGGCUCUCACUCUUGUCAGCCAAUUGUUCCCCAAAGAUAUGAUACCUGCAAUCCUCCCGCUGGUUGAAGAGAGGCUAACUCACCCAAAAGAAAUAAUUAGAAGAAAAGCAGUUCUGGCAUUAUACAAAUUCUACCUAAUCGCACCCAAUCAAGUUCAACACAUCCAUAACAAGUUUCGCAAGGCUUUGUGUGACAAAGAUCCUGGCGUUAUGACGGCCUCUCUGCACAUCUACUUACAGAUGAUCAAGGAGAAUCCAGAUAGUUACAAGGACUUGACCGGGAGUUUUGUCACCAUACUUAAGCAGGUGGUGGCUGGAAAACUUCCAAUGGAUUAUAACUAUCAUAGUGUUCCUGCUCCUUGGCUUCAAAUCCAGCUUCUCAGAAUUCUGUCCUUAUUAGGAAAAAGUGACCCAAGUACAAGUGAGAUCAUGUACGAAGUCCUUGAUGAGUCCUUACGAAGAGCAGAGAUUAACCAUAACAUCACUUAUGCAAUAUUGUACGAGUGCGUAAAAUGUAUUUACACAAUACAUCCGAAGGCUGCAUUACUGGAAAAAGCUGCAAAAUGUAUUGGCAACUUUGUGGUGUCACCAAAGAUUAACUUGAAAUAUAUUGGCUUGAAAGCGCUCACUUAUGUGGUCCAGCAGGAUCCGAAACUGGCCUUGCAGCAUCAGAUGACCAUCAUAGAAUGCUUGGAUCAUCCUGACCUCAUCAUCAAGCGUGAGACACUGGAGUUGCUCUUCAGAAUCACAAACGCCCAGAAUGUCACUGUAAUUGUGGAAAAGAUGCUAGAGUUCUUGCAUACCGGUCAAGACGACUACACUACCAUUGACCUGAUGGGGAAGGUGGCGGAAGUGGCUGAAAAAUUUGCAUCUGACAACAACAAGUGGUUCAUUGACACCAUGAACACUAUGUUCUCAUUGGGCGGAGACCUGAUGCAGCCUGAUAUCCCCAACAAUUUCCUUAAACUGCUGUCUGAGGGGUUUGACGGCGGUGGAGGGGACAUGAAGUUGAGGCACUUUGCGGUGGAUUCUUAUGUGUCUCUGCUCCAGGAAGAGCCGAGUAAGCUGCCUCAGCGCUUUCUGCAAGUCAUCAGCUGGGUCCUUGGGGAAUAUUCUCAUUUGAGAGACGAUCUGGAGCCAGUUACAGUCCUGAGACUUCUGGCGAAGCUUUUAAACUUAAAACAGGCCAGCAGUGAAACAAAGAGCUGGGUCCUCCUAGCAAUGACCAAACUCUGUGAAGGCGAAGCAAGUGCAACUGUUCUUCAACGGACAUCUGAAACGUACUGCAGCUCAAUGGACACGGCACUGAGACAAAGGGCUCAGGAGCUUCAGAACCUCAGCCUGCAUCCUGAGAUAAGGGCAAUGGUGCUACCUCAAGAUGUUUGCAAGGAGUCUCUGGAGGUAGAUUCCUCUCUGUCAUUUCUGGAUGCAUUUGUGUCAGAUGCGCUGGCUGCUGGCGCUGCUCCUUACAAACCUCCUCAUCAACGUCAGGAUGAUCUUGCCCAGGAAAAAGCUUUAAGCCUGGAGCCCUACGGCCUGCAGUUACCUAUGAGCAUGUCUUCAUGCAGCCUAGGUGACAGACAAUCGCCCACUCUGCCCUCAACGAGUUCUGGUCUGUCUGGUGACAGCUCUGAUCUCUCACUCAAAGGAGGCAGCACAACUCUAAAGCUGGAAAAAGUCAAGCGAGUAUGGGGAAAGGAGGGCUACCUGGCCCAGAGAGAUCCUGUAGAGGAACCUGCUCAGGUUGAGGCACACACUCUGGUCCAUUCAGCGGACCAAGUGGGUGGGACCAGCAUCUCACAGAGCCAGACCCCACCGGCAACUCUUGCUGCCAGUCAAGAGAAACAGCAGCUGGCUUCUUCGCUGUUUGUUGGCCUGAGCUCCCAAACGUCCGUGUCCUUGAUGGGAAAGUCAGAGCUGACGCCCAAGAGGUUCAGCAGAAAAACCAAAGGGGAGGUCACAUCCUCCGAGGUCAGCAAGCAAACAUCCAACAGCGUGGAUAACCUCCUGUGUAACAUUCUGCUGGAUUCAAACGUAGACCCUGAAGCAUCUUUGCCCUCAUCCAGACAGACAUCCCAAACCUCUUUUGGUUCUGCCGCUGCUAAGGGUAUUGCUCUUAUAGACAACGAGCGGCCUGAGAGCGACAUGAAGAGACCCGAGACUUGUCUCAUCAGGGAUAACGGCCUUGUAGCUGCUGAUUCUGUUGAGACCGAAGAACCAUUCAGAACUAAACACAUGUGUCUCGCCUCAUACCUCCCUGCUGACUGUAUCGGAGCGAACUAUUCCGAAAUCACUCCCCUGUGUUCCAGCCACUGUGUGGAUCUCUCUGCCUGCCAUGUGUACAAAGAAGACUGUUUGGUUCUUGUUGUUUUCAUAUCCAACACCUCUGCCUCUCCUGUGCAGCGGUUAGUUGUGCAGCUGGACUCGGAAGAAGUUGAGGUGUCCUGUAUGUCUGAGAGUCCAGUAGAGGAGGUGAAGAGCCGCCAUGUGGAAGUUUAUCAAUACUCCUUAACUGUCAAGAGGCCUUUAGUUCAUUUUGUUGCAUCAGGACUGGUUUCUUUCCACACGGCGAAUGGGACUCCUCACACGACUCCUUUCUCUUGUAAAUUCCCUCUUACCGCAUUCAUCAGACCUUUGGCGCUGUCCACAGAAGAGUAUGGGACAAUGUGGCUGGCUUUCUCGCACGAUACAAAGCAGAAACUGACGCUCAUCAUGGACAUCCAGGACCCCCUGAGGGCGACACUAAAUGUGCUGGAGAGGAAACUUCACCUUCAUUUGGUGGACAUCAUAGGGAUGGAAGGAAUCAUUGCUUGCCAGCUCCUGCAGGAUCAGCCAUGUUUGAUGCACUGCAGAGUGCACGCUGGCACGCUUUCAGUGUGGCUGCGUUCUCCGGUCCCCGACCUGCCCGACUGCCUGCUGUACCACUGUCAGAGAGCCUUACAGGAACACUGCUGAGCUGCAUCAGCUCAAAAAAUAGUCGCAGAGAACCGAUUACUGGUGUCUGCAUUUCAGUGUUGAUCACGUGCAUCAUUUUUGAAAACAAAACAUUUGCUUAAGCUCUGGACCCAAAGAUCUGAACCAUCAAAAUAACACAAAUGUCUUAAAAUUAUGUCAGGGCUUAUUAUGGUGACAUUGGCGUUUACAAUUACCAUGUCUCUUAGUAGCUCAAUCCAUUAAUGCUGUAUACUUGAAAAGCAAAAAAAAAAUGCUGAAAGGUUAUUGUAGGUUAUUUACAGUUUGUGUUAUAAAAUGUGUUGCAGUAUUUUAGGGAAAAUCCAACACUGGCUCAUAUUUAUACAAAAUGUUUUAAUACAGCAGCCAAAUUAUUUUAAAUGAAGUUUUAAAUGUGGCUAGGAAUAUUUCUCCAUGUCUUUACUGUCCAUUUCCCAUGUGGCAAUCUAUGCACUCAUCUUUGUGGUUGCCAUUAUUGUUAGAGGUGGAUUAGACAGUAGCUAACAUUUUUUGUAUUCAUGGAGUAUUGAAGAAACAUAUUUAUUGGAUAAAUAUUCUUAAAGAAAGUAUUUUAUAUUAUGUCAAUUUCAAACAGCCGCUAUUUGACUGCCAGAUUAGAUGUCAUACUGAGGGGGAAGGUCGUUUUCUUUUGUGCUUAUCCUAACAGGAAGUGGGAUAAAGCUGAACUAUGCCUUAUGUUCAAAAGCCAAGGGGUUUGAUUUGUGCCUGUGGUACAGAGUUAAGUAAUAUGUGCCUGAUGCACUUUACUAACUUGAAUAAAUUCACCAUGUCAUUUAA